AUGGCCGACCAAUUCCUCGCCGCCAUCAAAUCGCGCCGGACUUACUACGAGCUCGAGGCGAAAUCGCCAAUACCGGACGUGGAAAUCAUCAGAAUCGCCAAAGAAGUCAUUCGCCACACCCCCAGUUCGCUCAAUUCCCAGUCGACGCGUUUCGUCAUCUUGCUUGGAGAUGACCACAGAAAGCUCUGGGAUAUCGCCAAAGAUUGCGUCAAGGCGGUAGACGCCGCCAGCGACUGGGCAGCAGAUGAGAAGAAGCUGGAUCAACGCCGGAAUGCAUACGGAACGGUUCUGCUGUACGAAGAUGAGCGUGUGACACACCAGCUACAACAGAAGUUUGCCCGAUACAGUAGCUACUUCCCUCAGUGGGCUGAGCACACGAAUGCAAUGAAUACCUUGAAUUUGUGGACGGCGUUGGAGCUGGAGGGUCUCGGGUGCAAUUUGCAGCACUUUAACCCUUAUAUCGAUCAGAAGAUUGUCGAGCAGUGGAAAGUUCCAGUCGAGUGGAAGUUAAAGGGCCAGCUGGUGUUCGGCACUCCCACGGCGCCUCCGAACCCGAACAAGACUUUCGUGGCGGUUGAAGAGAGAGUACUGGUGCCGGGCUUGGAAAAUGGUCAUGCAGCAUAG